AUGGCUGUUGAAAGGAUCCACGCCCGUGAGAUCCUGGACUCUCGUGGGAACCCUACUGUUGAGGUGGACUUGUACACACACAAAGGUAUGUUCCGUGCGGCGGUGCCCAGCGGCGCGUCCACUGGCAUCUAUGAGGCACUGGAGCUGCGAGACAACGACAAGUCACGGUUCCUGGGAAAAGGGGUCCUUCAGGCCGUGGAUCACAUCAACAGCACUGUCGCCCCGGCUCUCGUGGGCUCUGGCCUCUCUGUUGUGGAUCAAGAGAAGAUAGAUAACCUGAUGCUGGAGAUGGAUGGCACAGAGAACAAAUCCAAGUUUGGUGCCAAUGCCAUCCUGGGAGUGUCACUGGCUGUGUGCAAGGCAGGAGCUGCAGAGAAGGAGAUCCCUCUGUACCGGCACAUCGCUGACCUGGCCGGCAACUCCGACCUCAUUCUUCCCGUGCCAGCUUUCAAUGUGAUCAAUGGAGGUUCCCACGCAGGCAACAAACUGGCCAUGCAGGAGUUCAUGAUCCUGCCCGUGGGGGCUGAAAGCUUCCGCGACGCCAUGCGCAUUGGGGCUGAAGUCUACCACAACCUCAAGAGUGUCAUCAAGGAGAAGUAUGGCAAAGAUGCUACCAAUGUGGGGGAUGAGGGGGGCUUUGCCCCCAACAUACUGGAAAACAGUGAAGCUCUGGAGCUCCUCAAGGAAGCCAUCGACAAGGCAGGCUACACAGACAAGAUCGUCAUCGGCAUGGAUGUGGCAGCCUCCGAGUUCUACCGUGAUGGCAAAUACGACCUGGACUUCAAGUCCCCAGACGACCCAAGCCGCUACAUUUCUGCAGAUGAGCUGGGGGACCUCUACCAGAGCUUUGUACGUGAUUACCCAGUGGUCUCCAUUGAGGAUCCCUUUGACCAAGAUGACUGGGAAGCCUGGUCCAAGUUCACAGCCAAUGUGGGGAUCCAGAUAGUGGGAGAUGACCUGACAGUAACAAAUCCCAAGCGCAUCGAGCGAGCUGUUGAAGAGAAGGCCUGCAACUGCCUCCUGCUCAAAGUCAACCAGAUUGGGUCUGUCACAGAGGCCAUUCAAGCAUGCAAGUUGGCCCAGGAGAAUGGCUGGGGUGUGAUGGUAAGCCACCGGUCUGGGGAGACUGAAGACACCUUCAUUGCUGACCUGGUUGUAGGACUGUGCACUGGGCAGAUCAAGACGGGUGCUCCCUGCAGGUCUGAACGCCUGGCUAAAUACAACCAGCUCAUGAGGAUUGAGGAAGAGCUUGGAGAUGAAGCACGCUUUGCCGGACACAACUUUCGCAACCCAAGUGUUCUUUGA